GACCUCCCUGCCUGCCACAGCAGAUGAGACCGCUGUAAACCUGCAAGCUCACCUCACUCCCACAUCUGAGAUUACAUUGGAUCUGCAUACUCCGAAUAAGGUUUCCACCAAGCUGAAGCCAUGAGGAUCCAUAGCCUCACCCUGCUCUCCUUCCUCCUUCUGGUUGCUCAGGUGUCACUGGUGAAGGGCAAAAAGGAAGUAAAGAAUAGACAUGUCAGCAAAGGCACCAAAUUGCCUACUCUGGGAGAGACCCAUAUUGAGCCACCCAAACGCCUGACCAAAGGCAAGUUUGUCACUCAAGACCAUGCCAACUGCAGAUGGGUGGUGACUGAGCAAGAAGAGGGCAUCACCCUGAAGGUUGAGUGCACCCGAGAGGACACUAAAUUUUCCUGUGUCUUUACUGGCAAUCCAACUUCCUGCCUAGAGUCAAACAAAAAGAAUGUCUAUUGGAAACAAAUAGGUCGGAACCUGCGCUCUCAGAAGGUAAUCUGUGGGAAUGCCAAAACCAUCCUGAAAACCAGGGUGUGCAGAAAGAAGUUUCCAGAAUCCAAUCUCAAGCUGGUGGACUCCACUCUGAUUCAGAAUAAGAAACCCACCCAGGGGUUAAUGGAGCCCUCUCCCAAGGAGCAGAGCAAAGUCAGUAAGGCCUUCCUCAGGGAACCUAGCAAGGUCAAAGAGUUAUCCCCAAAGGAGCAGAAAAAGGUCAAAGAGAAUAUCUCCUUGAGCUCAGUGGAGACUCAGACCAUAGCUACCAAGGAUCCAAAGUGUGUGGAGGACCCAGACUUGAUAAACCAAACAAAGACGGCCCUGGACUACUGUGGGGAAUCCUGGAGCUCUAUCUGCCAAUUCUUCAUCACUAUGGUACAGGGCAGUUCAUGCUAAUGAGUCAAAAGAGAAAAGAGUCCUUUGGGAGGUGCUAUGUCAAAGUCCUUCAGUAUGCUGUCAAGCUCUCUGAGUAAAAUGAACAUUUGUGCUAGGAGAGUGCAGUGGAAUAUGUAAACAGAUUUUGUAACUUUUGUUUUUGUGGUUUGGAAUUUACUUUAUAUUCAUUUCCUUAAAUUUUUAUUUCAGAGAUUGUUUACCUCAAUGUAUGUUUCCAUGCCCCACAUAGCUAUGGGUAUAUGAACAGUGAGGACCAUUCUUUGAGCUGAAUGAGCUGAAUGAUGAUUCCAGUGCAAUGUACUUUCUGCUGAAUUAACAAAUUUAAUAAA